CUUCACUCUUUGCUUUGUCUUGUCUGUGCUUCCUAAUUAACAGGAACUCUCUUUUCUUGAUUUGUUAUUUUAUUUAGUGUACGGUAAAUCUUUGAAUAAUGGAUGAUUUCGGAGACAAUUUCGUUCAACCUGAAGUCGACCCAGCAGCCGAGUUCCUCGCUCGUGAACAGAACCAGCUAGCAGGACUCGAAGAUGAGUUGGAAACCAGCGCUCCGCCCCCUAUUGUAUCUUCCUCAAACGGCUUGGAUGACUUUGUGGAAGUGCCAAGCGCCUCAGCCUUUGAUUCAAAUGGCCUUUUAGAUGAAGAGCCUAUCCAGACAUCAGUAUUCAAACAGGAAAGAGAGGAACCUGAGAAGAUCCGAGCCUGGCGUGAGGAACAGAAAAAGAGAUUGGAAGAGAAAGAUGCUGAAGAAGAGAAGAAAAAAGAGGAAAUGCUGAAAAUAGCCAAAAAGGAGUUGGAGGACUGGUACAAGACACAUGAGGAGACUAUCGCUAAAACAAAGGCAGCUAAUAGGGAGUCGGCUAAGAAUGCCGAGAAAGCUUUAGCACGCGGCUCUGAAGGUACCGUGGAAGAUGGUAACGAAUGGGAGCGCGUAGCUGAGCUAUGCGACUUUGGACCAAGACGCGGUCGCGAUGUGGCGCGUCUCAGGUCCAUUGUUCUGCAGCUGAAACAGUCUGGAGUACGACCUAAGCACCCACCACGCACUACUAAAGUAGCUUGAAUUUCCAGUGAAGAUGUACGAGUUACAUUAUUACAAAAAAUUGUACCUAAUCAUCAGUCUCGUAUAUAAAAAUCACACUUAUUAAUUAUAAUAAAUUAGGAAAAACAUUUAUAAAAAGUUAUUUCAAUGAUGUUGAAUAAUAAUACUGGAAUGUAAUAAUAUUAAUAAACAGAAGUUAUAAUUUAUUCAUUUUAUAGUAUAUUGUAUAAAUCAUAAUGGCGGACUAUUAUUAGAGACUAGUUAAGCCAAUGUUUUUUUUUCACCAUAAUGUUAAUAAAUAUCAUUCCAAAAUAAAUAA